AUGGCCCAGCGGUGGGGCCCCCAGAGGCUUGCAGGCGGGCAGCUGCAGGCCAGCUUUGAGGACAGCACCCCGGCGAGCAUCUUCACCUACACCAACAGCAACGCCACCAGAGGCCCUUUUGAAGGCCCCAAUUACCACAUUGCCCCCAGAUGGGUAUACCACCUCACCAGUGCCUGGAUGGCUUUCGUGGUCAUUGCGUCUGUCUUCACUAAUGGGCUCGUGCUGGUGGCCACCAUGAGGUUCAAGAAGCUGCGCCAUCCUCUAAACUGGAUCCUGGUGAACUUGGCUGUGGCUGACCUGGCAGAGACCCUCAUCGCCAGCACCAUCAGCGUCGUGAAUCAGAUCUAUGGCUACUUUGUGCUGGGCCACCCUCUGUGCGUUGUGGAGGGCUACACCGUCUCCCUGUGCGGGAUCACGGGGCUCUGGUCCCUGGCCAUCAUUUCCUGGGAGAGGUGGCUGGUGGUCUGCAAGCCUUUUGGCAACGUGAGAUUUGAUGCCAAGCUGGCCAUCGCAGGCAUCACCUUCUCCUGGGUCUGGUCUGCUGUGUGGACAGCCCCGCCCAUCUUUGGUUGGAGCAGGUACUGGCCCCAUGGCCUGAAGACUUCAUGCGGCCCAGACGUGUUCAGCGGUAGCUCGUAUCCUGGGGUGCAGUCGUACAUGAUUGUCCUCAUGACCACGUGCUGCAUCAUCCCACUCAGCGUCAUCGUGCUUUGCUACCUCCAAGUCUGGCUGGCCAUCCGAGCUGUGGCGAAGCAGCAGAAAGAAUCCGAGUCCACCCAGAAGGCAGAGAAGGAGGUGACGCGCAUGGUGGUGGUGAUGAUCCUGGCAUACUGCCUCUGCUGGGGGCCCUACACUUUCUUUGCAUGCUUCGCUGCUGCCCACCCUGGCUACGCCUUCCACCCUCUGGUGGCCGCACUGCCAGCCUACUUUGCCAAAAGUGCCACUAUCUACAACCCCAUUAUCUAUGUCUUUAUGAACCGGCAGUUUCGAAACUGCAUCUUGCAACUCUUUGGGAAGAGAGUGGAUGAUAGCUCUGAGAUCUCCAGCACCUCCAGGACGGAGGCCUCAUCUGUCUCUUCGGUGUCCCCCGCAUGA